AUGAAGCCGAAUGAGAGCCAAAAAUUGAGCAAAAGGAGGUCCACCGUGCUUAACCUCUACCAAAAACUCCACCAAAUCCAAAGUCAAACUGGAGCCAUUAGCAAAAGUGAAUUAAAUAAAUUCGGCAAAUAUAAAUAUUUUACCGAGUAUCAAGCCUUAGAAAUUUUAAAACCCUUACUAGAUACCCAUAAACUAACGCUUACUUUCAGUGAUAGCCCGGGUGAAUUUACCAGCGAAAGAACCGAAAAAGAGUACCUGGUGCGCUACUUAAAGCAAGCCAUUCUCACCAACUCCGAAGACCCGAAAGAACAAUUAACCUUCCAUUUCUGGGCUAUCGGGAGCAAUUCCGACCCCGCCAAAGCCAAAGGCUGUGCGGAAACUUACGCGAUUAAAUACUUUCUCACCAAAUUCUUUUUAAUCCCGACUACGGAUGAACUAGACCCAGAUGUCACUAAACCCCUGGAACACUUAAACCGGCUCAAAAAUGGCAAGCAAGAAACUCCCGAACAAAUCAAAGCCCGUCACCGCGACCGGGAUUUAGAUUUGCUUAUUAAGAAGCAUGGUUUAAAUUACCAAUCCACCGCUGAUUACCAAUUUGGCUAA